AAACCAUACCAAAGCGGGUGAGCAACACGAAACAGCUGGACGCGGCCGGCGGCUGCGGCGGCGCGGGAGACCUUCCUUCACCUCCGCGGGCCCUCGCCCGUCGCACCACCACCGCCGCCACCCACGUGAGGCAUCCCGGCGUCCGCGGCGUGAUCGUCUAGGGGCGAAGGCCGAGGCGCAUCGAGGAUUCGAGGACGCGGAGGUGACGCCGACGGGGGCUCAUCCGCGCGCCGCUCCCCGCCGACCUGCUGCCCGGCCCGACGUCGCGUCGCUUGAGCUGCCCCGGCCGGCACCGCCAGCGUCGUCGUCGAGGCCGCCGACGGACAGCUCCCCCCCGCCGUCACGGUCGAAGCCCCCUGAGAACUUGGCGGGCUUCUCCUGGAUUUGGGGUCAGAAGAUAUGAAGCUCUAGGGCUAGGUUUUCACAUUUCAGUCCCUGCUUGCCUGUUUUGAAAGCAGAGAUGGGAAUGGACUACUACAACAUCCUCAAGGUGAAUCGCAAUGCAACAAUAGAGGAUCUCAAGAAGUCAUACCGGCGGCUCGCAAGGACGUGGCACCCCGACAAGAAUCCAACUGGCGGCGCAGAGGCUGAGGCCAAGUUCAAGCAGAUAACUGAGGCCUAUGAGGUAUUAAGUGAUCCAGAAAAACGUGCAAUUUAUGACCGAUAUGGUGAAGAAGGUUUGAAGGGUAUGCCUCCACCUGGUUCACAGAGCCGGACCUCCGCAUCUGCUGGUCCAAGUGGUCCUAGUAAUUUCCGGUACAAUCCGAGCGACCCUGAUGAUUUCUUUGCUGAGUUCAUGUCAAGCAAUAAACCUUACUCCUUCGACCAAGAACGAACGCAAUUUCAACAACGACCACAGUGGACAUCAGGAAACACUAGAAGUGAAUCAACUUCUGCUUCACAUAAGGAAAGCAGUACCAGCACAAGCCAGCUAGAAAAGCCACCAGCUGCAGAAAAAACCUUACUAUGCACUCUUGAAGAAUUGUAUAACGGAACAAAAAGGAAGAUGAAGAUCACUAGGAAUAUUGCAAAUUCUGAUGGGAAGGUAGAAAUCGAGACAGAGGUGUUACCUGUUGAAGUGUUGCCUGGCUGGAAAAAGGGAACAAAGAUAACAUUUUCCAACAAAGGUGAUAGGCUGUAUGGCCAGUUGCCACAAGACCUUACCUUCGUCAUCUAUGUGAAGCCCCAUGAUGUGUACCUUCUUGAAGGGAACAAUCUUGUAGUAACCCAGGUGAUCCCUUUGGUGGAUGCUCUUGCCGGGACAACCAUACAUCUGAAGACCCUUGAUGGUAGGAAUCUCCCCAUCAGGGUGGAGGAAGUCGUGCGCCCUGGGCACGAGAUCAUGAUCAUGAACGAAGGGUGGCCAAUCAGGAAAGAACCAGGGAAGAAAGGGAACCUGAAGAUCAAGUUUGAUGUCGCCUUCCCAACGAGGUUGUCAUCUUCACAGAGAGUGGCCAUCAGGCAGAUCAUGGGGGGUUAGCUAGAGAAAGAGAAGAUACACCAACAGAUUCAUACAGAAACAAGAAACUAUAGGUGUGUAGUCUGAUAGAUGGAGCUGGGCUCAGAUAGGUUAUUCUGUUGCUACUUGUUACAGGCAUAUAGUGCUUCGAUUUUUAUUCCAUCUUGUUGUUCUUGCUCUCUGUAAGUGACAGAGAAGUUCUCAUUAUGUUAAUCAUUAGA